AUGUUUGAUGCUUACCUGGAUGCGCUAAACAGUGUUGGGCAAAAACGCCAGCGCAGCCCUGCUACGUGUGGGGCCAAAACCAACCCUAUACCUACGAACUUGCCGCCAGAGGGCUCACCGCCGCAGGCGACGGAGGCAGAUCAUGAGGCGGACGAUGGCGACUCAAAAAGCUCUACUUCUUCGGAGGCCAGCGACGUCUCCGACUUCUUCGACACGCUCACGGAGCUGUACCUGUUUUUCCGUGACGCGGACUUAUCACGCCGUGAAGUCAACAGACUGCUUAACAUAUUCCGUAACCCUCAGUUCAGUUUGAAGGAAUUACGCAAGUGGCGCAGCUACGCCGACGUGAAGCGAUGGGGGAAAGAGCGUGCGCCGCCAGAUAUGGUUCCAUGGAAAACAGAGCAUAUCGUCGUGCACGGGCCCAGAGGAAUGUCCCAAAAGCUUCUCUUGCACUUCCGCGACACAGAGCUGCUUGUGAAGAAGCUAGUCCGCAUUUUUUCGCGGAGGAAGGGUUUCGUGUGGAAGCCACAGGAGAAGUACAACGAGAAGGGGAAGCGCGUUUUCGAGGGGCCAGAAACAGGCACGUGGAUGCACGAGGCGCAGAAAGAGAUCAAGGACGACAAGGCUCUGAUUCUCGGGGUCAUCGUGUACAGCGACAGCACUCAGGCGUCGCGCAACGGGCGGCGGAAUGCGUGGCCUGUUCUGAUAUCGCUUAUUAACAUUCCGGAGGAAUUGAGGUGGUUUGAGCUGGGCCACACUCUUGCGGCAGUGUUGCCAUUCUGUCCGGAAUGGGCUAGUCCGACAGAGAAGGCCCGUGUUUUCCAGGAGGCGCUGAAGAUCAUCCUAGGACCCCUGAUGCGGGAAACCGCAAGUGCUCCUGUGAGGUACUUUUAUGUGACAGACGCCACCGGCAAUGUGGUCAAGGCGGUACCUUGCCUCUAUGGGUACCCUGGUGACUAUCCAGAGAACAGUAGGGCCUCAGCCACGCUGCAGACGGGCACUCAUCGCCCCUGCGCUAACUGCUAUGCAGAAGUGGGAGAGCUGAAACGGCUGACUGCUAAAAUAGAUCCACGCACACCUGAGCGGCAGAAGGACAUUUGCGUGCUGGCGCGGUGGAACUUUGGGAACACCACCUGGGGGAACGUCUACCUCGCAUGUUUGGCUGACAUUUUACACGUGCUGGACUCUGGUGUCUUCGUACACAUGAUGGAAGAAUACCUUUCCCCCCUGGGGAAAGUCGAGAUCCGCAUCCUGGAGAGGCGGAAGAAGGACCUCAAGAGCGAUACUCCAAGUGUGCUGCUGCGGAUUCCUGGGGGAUCAUCAUUCUUCCUUUCUGGUGCCCACUAUGCGGCGUUCGAACAUCGUGCCAUGAUGCAAAUCAUGCCGAUCCUCAUUGCGGAUUCUAGUGCAUUGAAGAAGGGCGAGGCGGGAGAGUUGAGGGCGCUGCAGGUUAGAGCAUUCCGUUAUUACGCCCUGUUCUACAAGGCGUUUUUGGGAGUGGCGGCGCACACCCGUGCCACGCUGAAAGAGGCCAAGCAACGUGCUGUUGCAACCUCUGAGCUACACAACUGUUUGCUAUGUAGGUUGAUGGAGCUGCUGCCCAAAGCUUUCCCGGACCAGGCAUCAAAGUGGGAAAUUCCCAAGGUCCACAUGAUCAAGCAUCUUCUCGAGAACGUGGAAGCAAGGGGGAUGCCACACCACUACAGCACGGAGAUGUGGGAGCGCACUCACAAGGGGACAGUGAAGGGUCCCGUGAGGGGGAGCAACUGGGCUGACAUUCCGAGGAGAAUUGUGGAUGAGGAGAUGCAGCGGGAGAUUUACAGAGAAGUGGCGGCCGAUGCGGGAGGAGGUCGGCAGUACGUGUCAGCGCUGCGUGUGGCCGUGGAAGAGAUGGAGCCAGUGCUAACGAAGAAGUUCAGGGUCAUGCGCCUCGGAGGCACCGCGGACAAGGUGUUUGCCGAGUACGCAGCGGUAUUUGGGGAUCAGAUGGCGGGCCUACCAGGUCAGCUGCGGGAGAUGCAGUUGAACCCUGGCAGUGUGCAGACACACACAGCAGUGGCCAUACCACGUACGCAGGGUGGGGUGCUUGUGGCGAAGGGGACGUUCGUCAAGGCGUCCCCGCGAGAGAACCUGUUCUCAGAUGUGGCACUCCUGGCUCUUGAAGGCGGGGAUUGGUUUGCUAGAUGCCUAUGUAUUUUCAAGGCGUUGAACGCGGAGGGCAAGUGGACUGGGUGUGCCUACGUGAGCUCGGUGAAGCCCCCGUUGAAGGACAUCGUACAAAAGAUGAAAGUGCUCCCCGACGAUGUGUUUCUGUUUGUGGAGAUACCGUUUAUGCCCAGCCGGUUGCCGAAGACCAAGAUACCGGGGAGGAACGGAACCCCGUGCGACCGGAUCAUAAGUGUCGGCUUCUUGUACAAUGCGACGGGGACCUGCACCACGGUGCCCCUUGUGGUGUUGCGCCAUGACGAGCGCCCCGAACCUAGGCGCAGCGGGGAUCCUGCACCGGCGGUGAUUGUGCGCUACACGAAGAGUGGGCGCCUCACACCCGAGGUGUUUACCGAGUUUUUUCAGACGGUUGAUGGGGUGCAGCUUAGCCGUGGAAGGAAGACGGUUGUGUUCACCUACAACACGGCGCACCGCAUUACCGCGAAUGACGCGGAGACCACGGUGGAGCAUGGGCUGACUAUGGUGCAUUUCACGCACACACGCUUUGUGGACCUGACAGACGUUGUGCACUGGUCCAGUAUGCCGUUUUUGCACGGCGUGGUGGACGCUUUCAAGGCUGAGUAUCGUGUGAUACUGAUGAGACGCGCGGUGCGGUCCAAUCUGUUCCACGAGGAUUUCGAAGCGCCGUUUUCCCUAGUGAAUUACGGUGUUAUGCUGCUGUGGGUGGGCUUGGCAUGGAAGGCGCUGACGGCGGCAACGAUGCAAAGGAGCUGGUGGAGGGCGGGAUGCGUCCCGGAGUCAUGGUGGGAGCUGAUGUGGCACCUGCACGGCAUGUACUCGGCCGGCAUGUACGAUCCCCUGGUCUCUACCACGGCGGACCUCCUGGUGCUGCUACGUGAGUUCCGUGUGCGGCCGGCUAUUUAUAUGCCGGUGUCCGAUUACGUGACAUGCGAUGAGUGGUUAAUGGAGAAGGCUGGUGUGAAGUUGGUGACGCCCACGACGCCGACGUCUUCAGGGGACGAGGGCGAGAUGUGCCUGCCGGAUGGGCCUCUGAUGCGUGACGAACGAAGCCGACGACGUGCCAUCCGCAAUGUGACGAACGCGUACGUGUGUCACGCGGAGGCGCUGGGGAUUGCUCCUGCGGAGGUGGCGACUGUCGUUGGCGCCUCUGAUGGAGAGGUGGUUAGCCGCCUAAGCCGCACACCGAAGAAGCGAGCGCGCAGUUCGGGGUCGUCGGACAGUGGGUCCGUGUAG